AUGGCAACAGUCCCCAGAGUCAUUGACGGCACCGCUGCUAACGAAACUAGAUCGCCCAUAUCGCUUUUCGUCGCAUUUUGUACCGAUGAGCACGCUGAUAUCAAGAUCGCCAUGCUCAGACUCUUCUGCGAAUGCAUUGACAUCGCCGACGCCGACAGCGAUGGCUGGACUGUACACGACUGGCUCAAGAGAGCGUAUGCGAGAGAACGAGUUUCUAUUUCGCGAAACAGUAUUACGUGGCUACUGCACCUUACCGUGAAUGAGGAAUACGUCGAAUUUAGCGCACGCAAUAUCUGGUCCGCCCUGCAACACGCGAUGAGAUCUGUUCUCAACCAUUCCCGUCACAAGAAUUACAUCCAGCAGAUCCUCGGUCUUUCUCACGAAGAGCGUUCGGGUGUUAGUAAGCGACACCUGGACGCGAUAGGCUCUUGGCUUGCUCUACGUGCAAGUGGCCGAGUAGUGCUGCCAAUGGUUGUGAACGCCGGCUCUUUCUUGCAGAUGAAGGGCUUUGAUUGGAUGGAGGACAACCUCACACACAAGCAAUUCCUGCAAGCACUGCCAAGUAUCUAUUCAGCUUGGUGCAACGCGGUAUUGGACUGCAUCGAGCAGUUGAAAGUGUAUCUGCGGGAAGAGCUCGAUCGCUAUCUAUGCCAACUUGGCAUGACACGAAACACCUUCGUCCGUUUGCUGAGUCAGACCAAGCGCAUACCGCACGGCGCAGGUGUUGGAAGGCUAUCACGGACUGCAUGCACCCACUGCAAAGACGACUAUGGUCCAUUUGCUGGCGGACUGGUCGAACCUGCGCGCAUCGCCGUCACAGAAUGCGUCAGAUCAGGCCACAACUCGAACUGUGUCUGCAAUGAGAUCCAAAAAGGCUCGACAGUAUUGGAAGAACUUUCGGAGUAUACAGGUAUGCUUCAGACGGACGACAACGACGAUGAUACGCAUGCGGAUGACGAAUUCUUCGACGCACAGCCGCACGUUUUCAAUGAUACCGACCUCCAAACCAAUACCACAUCGAACAUGUUCACCGACAUCGCGACUUUGCUUUACAGCGCUCAGGGCCGGAUCUGGCUUGGCGAACACUCAAUCGGGGAGCGGCUAUGCUCGACCUGCCUGUUGCUUAAGGAGAAGUACAUCGGCGAGGAUGGUCUGUCUGCUGACUUUCCACCGAUGCCGAGGAGCUUCGAAGGGUUGCGCGUGAAGUGGUGA